UACUUUCAAGCUCUUCGUUCAUGAAGACGUUGCUUGAAAGAACUUUAUUUCUAGCUUUGGUUAGGGCAAGUGUGUGUCUUGCUUGAAGCGCGAUUCACAGUUUGUGUGUUCUUAAUGUUUGUAGAAGCACCGAAACCCAUCUGAAAACGGAGUCACUAUCUUUCUUCCAGCUUCUCCUUUCAGAUCGAAAUCGCGGCAGGUUAAUCUGCUAGUUUGCGACAGCCGGCUAUCUGAAGUUCGCAGUUUAGCUAGCAGGAAGCUAACGGUAGAUAGCUUACUGGCCAGUCAGGAUGUCUUUUAGAAGGGUUAUGAAGCUUGUUUGUGGGCUUGCAGGCGGAUCUGCGAUACUCGUUGUGUCAGCGGCUACAGCAGCUGAAACAAGUGGAUAUUUUGGGGACUCCGCGCUCAGGGAGCGAUUGAAAAAUUGGACCGGAUUUGCCGUCCUUCAGGCUGCACAGUCACCGACAUGGGUAUCUGGAAACCAAACAGUAUUACCAAGUGGGAAUGGUUGGGACAACAACUAGGAUAAGCGUGACUCAAUGUCAUUAAUAAAUGGGAAGAAGAAAGAAAAUGACGAUAACCAGAGUACGGAACUGGAGAAUAACAAACUCAAAGCCACGCGAAACAUCAUCUUGAUCAGACACUCCCAGUACAACUUAAAUGGGAACGGAGAUAAAGAGAAGGUUCUCACCCCGCUCGGUAGGGAGCAGGCAGAAUUGACAGGCCAGCGACUGGCUGCCCUUGGGUUGAAGUAUGACAUUAUGAUUCACUCCACCAUGGCACGGGCCACAGAGACUGCACAUAUCAUCAGCAAGUACCUCCCAGGGGUGGAGAUGGCAAGUUGUGACUUGCUGAGGGAAGGAGCUCCCAUUGAGCCUGUGCCUCCUGUCAGUCACUGGAAGCCGGACGCUGCGCAGUAUCAUGAAGACGGGGCGCGGAUUGAGGCGGCCUUCCGUCGUUACAUCCAUCGAGCCGAUGCCAAGCAAAAGGAAGACAGCUAUGAGAUCAUUGUCUGCCAUGCCAACGUCAUCCGCUAUUUUGUAUGCAGGGCCCUGCAGUUUCCCCCUGAGGGCUGGCUGCGAUUGGGCCUGAACAACGGCAGCAUCACCUGGCUCACUGUACGGCCCAAUGGCAGGGUGGCCUUGAGGACGCUGGGGGAUUCUGGGUUCAUGCCCCCGGACAAGCUCACACGUACCUGACACCAAGCAACACCCACCCCCGUCCGACUGGGCGCAACGGGAAGCUGCAGAGUCAGAGCGUCUUCUCAUUGUCAGUUCUCCUUAAGUGUCUUGGAAUUUUUACAUUUUUUUUAAUUAACGUGCAGCAGAAUGACUUUUUGUGCUACUGUACUCACUGCUGAUCUGUGGCUGGUCAACUUUAUUUACAGGAAGGUCCCAGCUGAUGGCACGUCCUUUGACUGUGAUUUUAUACAGAAGUGAAAUGGUGUAUUCCACUAAAGUAUUUUGUUCACAAUGAUGGCUGUAAAAGUUGUUUCACUCCACAAUGGUUGUAAUGACAGCUGUUUGGACAGAGGCCUACUUUGUGUGAAUGUAAUGGCUUGAAUAUACUUCAGGGUGAAAAGCGAUGACAGGGAGGGUUUUUAAACCAAAAGAACUAUUUUGCUUAACUUGAGAAUAUGUAGCUGUUUUAAAGGCUCUUUGUGCAAAACCCUUUUCUAUGUUGGUGUAACCCAAGUAAUGUGUCCGCCUGUAUUGACAAAUACAAAAUCGGUGUGCUGUAGGAACAUGCAGUUUUGUGUGCUCAAAUGGAGAUAUUCGCACAAUAAAGUG